GACUGCUAGCGGACGACUUAGCCAGGCCGAGGUCCAAGUCGGAAAUGGAUCCGCAGCAGCAGCAGAGUUCGGACGGUUCCACGCAAGUUGAGCUGAGAACGGACGGUUUCCAGGCUACUCUGCUGUGGGAGAGAAUCGUGUCGCAUCUGGAGAGGUCCGUAAAACCCGGUCGCCACUCGUACACUCUGCGAAGCUACGAAAACUGUUUCCCGGGACACAAAGUUGUGGACUGUCUUAUGGGUUACAUGAACUCGGUGCUGCCCAAAUCCGUCAAGAAAAGCCAAGCUCGUCUGCUCGGGCAGAAGCUGCUACUGACGAGAGUCAUAGAAGAUGCGAGAAAGAAGGAGAAAACCGUGUUCCGCGAGAGUCGCCUGUACCGUUUCACGGGAAUCCACUUCUGGGACCCGCCGAGUGAGGUUCACGGGACCCGCAGCUGCAGCGCUGCAGCGACAGAGGGAGGAGUCUAUCGAUGUCACAGCAUUGAGAACAUCAGCCAUGGGUGCCCUGGUCCCAGCGCCAAUCGCCGAAAGACGGCCAGUCGGAAAAACGGCUACAUGAGUGAUUCGACGCUGGCCUCCAGCUCUCUGAGUCGAAGAGUAGUCCAGAUCAGGUCUUCGCGGGGGAAGAGGGAGGCCGUCACAGCCAAGACCCAACUCACAAGUGGCCAU